GAGAAACCUCUCAGAAUGAACGCGCAGUUAACUUCAUUCCGACUGGCUGUUCCGUUCACAUCGUUAACUUACCUUUUCGAACACAAUCACUGCUGAAAUGGAUUGCAAAAAGAAGACCAAGCUGUGGGAAUCAAUGACCAAGGAUGAAUGGAAGAGCACCACGCAGGCGAUGCUCGAGGAGGGCGCCAAGGGGUUAAGGACGAUUUCCACGCAGGAGAAAAAGCUGAUCAACUUUGAGUCGUUCAAUAUGGAUGACCCCCGUUAUGGAAAUGCUGAUAACGAUGACAAUAUGGAACCCCCUAUGUUGUCAAGUUACACACGACAAUAUUCUCAACCUUAUCCAAACCGCUGCAAGCCACUUGUGCCAAAAACCGAAUCACCUGAUCCGGUAUUUAAUCGCAGACCCAAAAACGAUUUUGAGUUCACUACCGGCCUCGAUUUCAAGUUUCUAGAUGAUCACAUGCACAAUCUUUCCGAAACGCGCAAGAAAGUCAACUUCUUCAGACAACUAAGAAACCAAUCAUUCCUUCUGUAUUAACGUGCCAUACUUAAAGUUAUAAUGCCAAAAUUAAAAUUGCUAGUUAGUGAAA